GAGGAGGAAAAUGAAGGAGGUGUGGUAUGUCAGAGGGGAGAGAGGGAGGUGGUAAGAAAAAUGUCACAAAGAACCAGACUGCCUAGGCCCCCGCGGCUCCCAGUGAUGUCACGACUAGCUCUGUGAUGUCGGGUCUCAUUUGUGACGGUGGCCGCCGCGGGCGCAUAGAGGGAGAGAAGGCUGAGUCUGGCCACGCGGAGGCUGGGGAGGACAAGGGCCGAGGGCCUGGACGGCUGCGUGGCGACUGGGGCGUCCUUGAGGGGCGUCUGUAGGUCAGGAUGCGGCGGAGCACCCGCUCCAGCUCGGUCGCUUCCUCGGACGAGCACAUGCCCAACUUCUACAGCAACAGCUCAGACAGCGUCCCUUCGGGGGACUGCCGCGGGCGCCGGUCUCCUGGGCCGGGGCCUGGGGAGCCCGAGAGCAGAAGGGCCCGGGGCGCGAGCUGCGGUGAGCCCGCCUUGCGCCCAGGACUGCCCGGAGGAACCCCAUGGGCUGGAAGCUCUCCGCAGGAGCCUGCGCCUCGGAGCCACAACCGGGAGACCGCGAGAGGCGCGGCAACCGUGAGGGGCGGGGCCUCGGUGGAGCCCAUGGGCUCCAAUAGAACGGCUGCAUCUCCCACAGUCUCUGAGGAGCAGCGUAACUUUCUUGCAACCCUGGAUCCGAGGCGGGAGACGCCUGCACCGCGAGCUACCAAGAGCUUCCUGAGCCUCCUCUUCCAGGUGCCGAGGGUGCUGUUGUCUCUGGUCCGAGACGUGCUGCUCGGUGUGUGCAGGGAGGUCUGCUGCGUCCGCUUCCUGUUCGCUGUGUCGUUGCUGAGCAUCUUUCUAGCAGCACACUCUUGGGGACUCCUGCACCUGUUCCCUCCUUUGGAGAAUGAACCUAAGGCGAUGCUGACUCCCAGCGAGUACCACGAACGCGUGCGCUCCCACGGGCAGCAGCUGCAGCAGCUUCAGGCCGAGCUGAAUAAACUCCGCACGGAGGUUGCCCGGGUUCGCGCGGCCCACAGCGAGAGAGUGGCCAAGCUCGUGUUCCAGCGGCUGAAUGAGGACUUCGUUCAGAAACCAGACUACGCCCUGAGCUCUGUGGGAGCCACCAUUGACCUAGAGAAGACGUCCCAGGACUAUGAGGACACAAACACAUCCUACUUCUGGAAUCAAUUGAGCUUCUGGAACUACGCUCGACCACCCACGGUCAUCCUGGAGCCAGACGUGUUUCCUGGAAAUUGCUGGGCUUUUCAGGGUGAUCAGGGCCAGGUGGUGAUCCAGUUGGCGGGUCGUGUGCAGCUGAGCGACAUCACCCUGCAGCAUCCCCCACCCAGCGUGGCACACACCGGGGAUGCCAGCAGUGCUCCCAGAGACUUUUCAGUCUUUGGUCUCCAGGUUGAUGAUGAGACUGAAGUUUUCUUGGGGAGGUUCACCUUUGAUGUGAAGAAAUCUGCAAUUCAGACUUUCCACCUGCAGAAUGACCCUCCGUCUGCCUUUCCCAAGGUGAAGAUCCAGAUCCUAAGCAACUGGGGCCACCCACGGUUCACGUGCUUGUAUCGAGUCCGUGCCCAUGGCUUACGAAUCUCUGGGGGUCCCCAUUAAACAUGCUGAUGGUUGGAA